CAACAACACCAUUCAAUUCCAAUUGGUAAUCAUACGUAGUGUUUUUUUCUUUCGAAGGGGAACUUGUAAACGAACAACCAAAAAACGCCGCAAGCCAAGAAAACUCCCCAAAAAACUUUGUCCACAACGUUCGUUUUGUUGUAAAUGCUAGACGGCUAGCAAUGGCUAAACUAUUGCUGAGUAAAUCCGAUGAAGAAUAUCUGGAAAAAUGUGCAACACAGAUGAAAUUCAGCUAUGGCAUCAUCAUUGGUCAGAAAUCCGAACCUGGUAAAUACAUUGUCGUACAUUUGGCCAAAAAUGACGAGGAAGAAAGCGAUUUUCCCGAUGCCGACUCAUCUGCAACGGUUGGUCCCCAAAAGGUUGAUCAAAUCAAUUUGCAAUCACUCGGUAAUCAAUGGUUAAGUGCCGGCAAAAUGAUACCCGGUUCUUUUAAUGUUAUGGGAUUAUUUGUUGCCGGCGUUAGCAAAGAUUAUGUUGACGAUUCUUCGGAUGAAUUCAAAUCUGCCAAAAGACUGUUCUUUGAUAUGCACAACCUACUUAAACAAGGACAUCAAUUCAAAAGUAACGAACACGAUGAUACCGAAUACAUAUUCCUCACCUAUUCCAGUGCUGCAAAAAAAGCUGCAAGUAAAAUAUAUAACUAUGUGGCAAACGGUGGCACAUUUUCACCCCUGGACUAUCGUUUUGUGGAGAAACCCUUCGAAUGGUAUACGUUCGAGUGUAACUAUGAACUGAACGAUGUAUUCCCCAUUUUGGAUGCUUCGGAGAAGAUCAAUAUCGAGGUGCAAUUUCAAAAGACCAUAGAUACGGUGCGCAACAGUCUAAAUGCCAGCGAGAUUUUCUUGCAAAAUGAAUGUGUCGAUGAUGGACAAAUCCUGGAUAGCUAUAUUAAACACUUGCAUCAGGGUGGCGGACGUAAAGCCAACAGUGAUGAGAGUUAUAAGGCAACCAUAUUCCUACCCAUCAAGUGCCAAAAUACCAAAGGAAAUCAACGGAUACAUGUCAAAGAAUUCAAUGGUACGAUUCGUUUGUCCGGUGUGGUCUCAUCAAGGGUGUGGUGUAAUCCCAAGAAUACAAUAGGUGAUGUGAAACGUUUCAUACGCGAAGAUGUCAUACGUUCUUUGAUGGCACGCAUCCAGGUGUAUUGUGAUGGUCUUACCGAGCCGAAUAUUAGCAAUGAUGCUAUUUUCAUUUCGGAACCUCCACGUCGGGUGUAUUUCAAUGUCAAUGCUGGCAGCGGUCAGAAAUCAAUACAGUUCAGUGAUUAUAUUUUCCGUGGUGAAACGCCCACAGUUGCUGCGGCCCAGGCCAAACAGAUACUCGAUUUGGACAUAACACCCGACAGUAUAUCGGCCGAUUUGGAAGGUGUACCCGAAGAUGAAACAUUCAGCGAUACCUCAUUUGAAAUGCCGACCACGGAUAAACAGAAAAUGCAAAAAUUGGGUAGCCUAGAUCCGGCUGGCCAAAGGGAUCUCACACGUACCAUGUACAUGUUGGGCAUUGCGGUUUCCCUGCUGGUGCUGGUGAUAGCCAUUGUUGUGCACUAUUUCAUGAAAUGAAAUUUUUGGAAGAGGCGAGGCGUUGGCGCGGCGUUUUUGUUGGACAAUUUGGUUGCGCAUAUUAACAGCAAACAAGAAAACAUCACUCGGUUCACAGACUCAAGCACACACCCCACAUAAACACACACACCCCCUGUACUUGUUGGUAAAAUACGUUUUUCAUGUUUUUUUAAUUUUUUUACUUAAUUGUAUGAUGUACUUUUUGUAUUUUGUUUUUUAUAUAAAUUAUUUUUUUGUAAUUGUCUUGUUUUGAAAAAAAUAUAUACAUAUGUAUUUAAAAAACGAAGGGAAAUUUUGUAAAGCCAUUGCAAUGGUUUUGGCAAUAGUUAAACAAAAUAUACUUAGAAAUUAGUUAAAUAAAACAAAAAACAAAACUGAUAACAAAA